GGCCCAGCCCACGGCCUGCCCGCCGCUAUGGUGCCCUGGGGAGCGGUGCUGUGGCGGCGGCUGCUGAGGAAGCGUUGGGUCCUUGGCGUCGUCUUCGGGCUAUCCCUUAUCUACUUCCUCACCAGCACAUUCAAGCAGGAAGAGAGGAUGGUGAGAGAUCGGAAUCUCCUCCAAGUGCAGGAGCACGAGCAGCCGAUCAUGUGGAAGGUGAAGUUCAGUUCGGGAAACAGCAGUCAGCUGAGUAACCAGUGCAGGAAUUCUGUGCAGGGGAAGCUCCUCAUUACAGAUGAACUGGGCUACAUCUGUGAGAGGAAGGACCUACUGGUAAAUGGCUGUUGUAAUGUCAACGUGCCCAGUACAAAGCUGUACAGCUGUGAGAGCUGCCUUCCCAACGGCUGCUGCAGUGUCUAUGAGUACUGUGUUUCCUGUUGCCUGCAGCCCAGCAAGGUGCAGAGUUGUUCUCCUGCUUUUCAGCAACAUCUUCUGGAACGUUUCUUGAACCGGGCAGCUAUUGCUUUCCAAAACCUCUUCAUGGCAGUGGAAGAUCACUUUGAGUUGUGUCUGGCAAAAUGCAGGACUUCAUCACAGAGCGUGCAACAUGAGAACACCUACAGAGAUCCAAUUGCAAAAUACUGCUAUGGUGAAUAUCCCCCAGAGCUUCUGCCUGUUUGAAAGCUGCAUGAUCUAUGCAACAAAGGGGAGGAACUGGAGACUAGAAUCCAAAAGAGCAAGACAACAGCUCUUGCUUUACAGAAGCCUCAGUGUAAAAGGCUGAUGUUUUUUCUGGGGAUAAAUCCAGGGGUGUACAGUGUAAGCAAGGGACUCCAGGAUUGAAUCUUGUUUUCUUCAGUUUGUUAUGCACCUGCUUUAGGUACUAGUGUUGUACUAGUGCUAUUUUUGAAUACUUUCUGUACAUUUUAGGAUGCACAGAGUCGAUCCAGGCUAUAAAACAUCAUGAGAAAAAUACCUAAUGUAGCUUUUCAGCUGGACAUGGAGGUUCAGUUGUAUCUCUGCAGUCCAGAGGCUUCCCAGUGUGACAGUAAUAAUGGGAGGAUUUUCACUUGUAGAGAGUAAAGCAUGUUUGUUGUGCUUCUCUCUCUGGAGCAUUCCUUGACAUGCAUCGUGUACACUACAUAUGUAAUUAUGAAUUAUUUAUUCAUUUUCUAUGGAUUACUAGCUGAAAGUAUUGAUGCUUUGCCUAGCUAGUUGUUGAUGCCUUUCAGUCCCUGUUUUAUUAUGUCAGGUAGAAAGGAUAUUUUAGAUCCUGGAUAAAAUUGUUUUUUUCCCUCCUUAGUCUAAAGGAAUUGUAUUGGGAUUUGUCACUAGAGUGGUUAUGUUCCUCUUAGUGAGUUUAAAGUAUUCAGAACUCCAAUGGAGUUGUUAAUUCUGUCAAAGCCCCAUAGUGCGAGAGAAGAGCAGGGAUCUGCCUAGGGUGAGAUGUUUAUUGUCUUUAAACAUUUUCCUUGUUACUCUGCAACAGUUUCCUCAAAGAGGAGUCUUACUUUUGUAAACAGCUCUCUGCUAAUCCACUUUCUGACAGGGAGCACUGAAGAUUUGUCUGCUUGAACUUGUUCAGGCCUCAGUAGUUUAAAUGUACUUCACUCCUGGUUGUGCAGGAGGCAAAAGGGUGGAGUUCUAGGAUUUCAGUUUAAUGAUGUCCUUGUGCAUGGAGUAAUUGGAACAUCAGAACAUGGACCAAGCCCUCCUCUGAGGACAACUGUAUUGCAUGAGUUCAGUUAAACAGCAAUGAUGGCUUUGAUUUGCUGUUUGAUAUGUUUGCUACUCUGGGAUUUCAGACUGAUCAGAAUGGCCCUAGAACUGGGGUGGUUCUCCCACAAUCUCUCCUAGCUCUCAAAGGUUGCAACUGAAACUGUCUCCUUAAGGCAACACAGAGAAGAUGGGUAGAGAACCUGUAAAAUGCUGACUAAAUUUGUGCUCCCUCUGCAAGUCACUGUAAAGUCCAACUGCCAGACAAAAUUGGGCUGUUCUUUUCUAUAUGCAGAGCCUCAUUUAUUUUGUUUUAACCGUAUCCAUCUCCUCCGUGAUUUUGACUUUGUGGCUGUGUGUUUGUUUGUUUAAACUGGUAGUUCCCAUUCCCUGACUGAAAUAAAACAAUAUACAGAAGCUUAAACCAAACCAACCCAAGCCAAACACAUACACACAACCCCCCAAAAAAUCAAACAAAAAAAACACAGUGGUGCAAAAAGAUCUGUACAAUACUAUUGCAAGUACGUAAGAUACAAACAAGUAGUGUUACAGCCAUCUGAUAAAAUCUACUUGCAUUGUUUUCUUUGUUCUUUCCCAGAAGUAAUCAAGUGAGAUAAUGGUUCCAUCAGCAGAUUCUCCUGAAAAUCUUGUUUUUCCAAAAGCUUAAAAGCUUUAGCAUUAGCAGUUUAUCCAGCUGAAACUCUAUCUCCCCUUUGCUGCCACCCUAUGGCAACUUGCUGCAGCAGACACGAUACAGUGUGAAGAUGCAGUGUGAAAUGCUGUCUUCAGAGGGUAGCAGAGGUUACUUCUCUUCAGUGUUAAACAUUCUUCACGCCUGUUCCAGCACUUCCUAACUGUUUUCCUCAGGGAAGGCCAUCAGGUUGGUCUACUCUAUUACUCCUGCUGAGAUGUAUUCCAGCACUUCACGUUUUGCACCACUACUAAUAAGAUCCAAGAUACUGAUGGCUUGUUCUUGCUUUCUUUUCCAAGUUGGUAUUAAUUCCUUAGCAGGUGAUACCACUGCUUGCAGCAGUAAUUGUAAUAAAUCAUAAGAACCAACCUAAUUCAGGCAACAUUAGUGGGAAUUCCUGGCCUAAAAAAACAGGAUGUGAUCAGAAGUGCAUUGUGAUCAUUGCUCAUUCAAUGGAACAGAAACUGCAUCUUCCCUCCCUGGUUGUUGAGCUGUUCAACUAGUGUCUGUUAUAUGUUGAAUCAUUAAAAAAUGUAUCCGUGUUUCCAGA